AUGUCUUCAGAAAACGGCAGCGAGGACUUGUUCUCCGCUCUGGAAUCCUUGUCAAGGUCAAUUGCACCUCACUUAAAGACUGUUGUUUUCGUCGCACUUGUUCUUAACCAGACCCCGAUCUUUCCUGAUGUCAAAUCAUUAGUCCUGUCCCAACUAUCAAAUCCCCUCGUUCUUAUUAUCGCGCUGUACUUUGGUGGUAUCUGGUCAUUGCCAAAUGGCCAGCCGAAAGAUGAGACUACUUGGACUGCUGCAUUCUUAGGGCCUUUCUAUGCCUUGAAGACUGUGGCUAAUAAUGUUGGGACUUACUUAAAAGUUGGUUCUUUGCUUGCUUUGGCGUACCAUUUGUCUGUUUACUACGACUUCUCUCUGCCAUUUGAACCUUGGGCACAGAUUCUCUUUGUGACCGUUACCACCGUCGUAUCCAUUUUUGCCUAUCUAUUCGCCCCCAUCAGCAAAGUCUACGGACCUCUUCGCUUCUGCUACCUUGAGCAUGCAGAGACAUACUGGCUUGUUCUCAACUGGUGGUCCUUCACAGCCGUCCUCCCAUUCUUCUCACUUCAACUCCUUCCCGUCGUUAUAUUCACCCUUAUUGGCGUCAGCAUCGGCACUUGGGUCCAUAUCUACACUUCUUACCGUGAACAAGUUCGCACUAUCACGUGGAACGUAGCCGAGAAUGCAGCUAGAGCGAAAGCAGCAGCUGAUGAGGCCCGUGAUUAUGGUGCCGCGGCACGCAAGUACGAGGAGCAGAUGACUCAUAUCGCUGCUGAAGCAAGGCGCGAUGCUAUUAAGGCAAAUUCUAUCAGGAUCUCCGACUUUUACGACUGUGCUGCUCGUGUUUGGGCUGCUGUUGGACAAGCUACCGCCCCAGCGGAAGAUGCGAUUAUCAAGGCCCGAAGAGUCAUAGAUGCAGCGGUCGCUUGCGAAGAUGCUACAAAACCUGAUGACAAGAAAAAGGAAGAGAAUGAGCGUCUAGCCACUUUCCUUAGACAAUCCGCAGAAAACGCACACGACCGGGCGCGCGAAAUGGUCGCUCUCAUCCGCUCUGCCCAAGCUUCAGUCCGCGACUCCGAGUCUGCAGCCAAAGAAGACGCAGCAGGCCGUCACAAGGCUGACGUAACCGCCGAAACAGCCUGCAGCACCGCCAAAUCUCUCAGUGACACUGUUGCUGGUGUUCAAGAUGCAGAGCGAAAAGCAUCGUGGGCUGGUGGUGCUGCUGCGCGAAGAGCCGAAGAAGCGGUGACCAUGGCUACUAAUGGCGAGAUUGAGGAGGCGAAGAAGGCCGUCGCUGCCAGUGAGGCUGCUUAUCAGGUUGCAGAAGAGUCGGCGAAGGUUGUUAGAGAGGGGAUGGAGGUUGCGCAGAGGGUUGUUCAAGAGUGGUUGGGAAGGGUGUAA